AUGUUCCCGCAGCUACUCCGUGGUGCUAAAGGCUUGCGCGGCCUGCGCUUGGGAGUGGCUGUCGGAGCCAGCAGUGCUGCUGGCUUUGCCUUUUGGCAACAGCGCAAGGUGCAGCAGCCAGUUGCAAGAUGCGAGACUGAUGCCACCACACUGGGUGCUGCCCUUGUUGGAGGAUUGGGGGCAGGCGCUUUGGGGGGGUACGUCUUCGGAAAGAAGCAGGGUGAGGCUGCAGCUGAGAAGUACGAGAAGUAUUGGCCUCGAAAGAUCAUGAUGCUUUUUGGUGCCCCAGGUGCUGGCAAAGGAACUCAGGGGCCAAAGAUCGUGGAUGCCUUGGACAUUCCACAACUUAGCACCGGUGACAUGCUUAGAGAAGCUGUUGCAGCUGGAACUGAAGUUGGCAAGAAGGCCAAGGCAGUGAUGGCUUCAGGAGGCCUCGUAUCUGAUGAGAUCGUCAUUGGGAUCAUUGCAGACCGCAUCAAGGAGCCCGACUGCAAGUCUGGCUUCAUUUUGGACGGCUUCCCCCGAACCCUAGCUCAAGCAAAAGCUUUGGACACCAUGCUGGCUACGAAUGGAGAGGCCGUCUCCUUGAUUGUGGAAUUUUCAGUGGAUCCUGCAGUUUUGGAGGAGCGCAUUUGCGGGCGGUGGAUGCACAAAGCCAGUGGCCGCUCUUAUCAUGUGAAGUUCACCCCUCCCAAAUCCAUGAAGCUUGGUGCUGAUGGAAAGCCAUUGCCCGACACCAUGAAAGAUGACAUCACCGGUGAACCCCUCUAUCAGAGGUCCGAUGACACAGCGGAGGCUUUGAAGACCCGUUUGGAUGCUUACAAGAGCCAGACCCUUCCCAUCUUGGAGCACUACAAGGAUAAAGGUAUUGUCAAGAAGGCACAGAAGUGCAUGAGCCUUCUGCAGAAUGUCUACGACUUAAGCUCCAGGACAGGGCUGCAGAAGGGACAGAACUCAAACAUCAUGACCGAGGCACAACUGGAGGCGCAAUGGCAGAGCUCAUUAAGCAUCAAUGGCAAAGCGGAAAGCUUGGAUGAGGAACUCUGGUUUGGCAUUCUGGGCUUCACGGUGCGGAAGCAGGCCGUUUACCUGGUGUACUGUAUUCCUUUUCCAAGUGAUGGCUGUCAUCCACUUCAAGGAAAGCCUGUCUGA